AUGGGGCCCACACAUACUCAAGAUGGUGGCGAAGGUAAAUAAAAUGCUUGGUAUCCUCAAACGCUCAUGCUCUGACAUUAACCACACCCAGGUCAGACGGACCUUAUAUCUAACGCUAGUUAAAUCUCAACUUGUUUAUGGAAGCGAGGUAUGGUGCCCUCCUAACAACAGCCACUUAUCAAAGAAAAUCGAAGGAGUUCAAAGAAGAGCAACGCUGUGGAUACUAAAGAAGAAACGCGGAGAACUAAGUUACAAACAGCGCUUAAUGCAACUAAAUGUAUGUACGGUCUCACAGAUUUUGACAUAUCGCAGUAUGUAGAAGUUACAACGGGAAGGACACGCGCGGCCACUUCUGGUCUUCUGAGAACACAAGCAUGCAAAACAAGUACAUUUCAAAGUUCGUAUUGUGUUAGAAUUGUUAAACUGUGGAACUAUGUUUGUACGUCUGUUCCUUCGUAUUGUUAUGUCACUGUCUCCUCUUUUAAGUCAUACUUGCGCAAGACUUACAUCCACCUCACUAGUACUUCUUACACUCCUGACUUACCUAGUUCACACUCACUUAUCACGACUCAAUAAAAAUAUCUAACAUUUCUCUCUUUGUCUUUUCAUUCUUUCUUCCUUUUCAUUCUCUUAGUCUUUUCAUUUAAUCUUCCUUGUCCCUGUUUCUUGUCUUUGUUUGUUGUCUAGUGGUGAGCACCUUGCAUGGGACAUAGUGUCGUUUGUGUUUCGCCACUUUUGGCACUUUCCUCGUCUUCUUGUACGAUGUAAUUGUCCGUUUAAGUUAUGUAAAUAUUCGCAAGAAAUUUAUCAAUCAUGAAUCAUCAAAUCAAGAAAUGUUUGCUAUUUCGGCGCUGUCGUGAUGCAGUCGUUUAUGCAAACUUUAAAUUGGACCAAUCAGUGUCCGCUAGUCAUGACAGUCCGCCAUAUUUUUGAGGUCAGUGAGGAUGACCACCCACCCAACACCGUUGGUGACCCACGCCCGCGAUAUUUGAUGAACUUUAGACUCCGCUAAUGCUUUCGUUUCCCCGGGUGUAAAUAGCCGGGGGGAAUUAGUAUCCUCGCACGGCGCUUAGCACCGUCGGCUCGGGGAUAAUUCAGCACUUGUCCAAUUACAUAUUUUACACCAAAAAAUAUGGUUUAAACUUUCAGAGAUUUCCUUCAUUGAAACUUACGAACAAGUUUAAUACACUGCGUUCAUAUAUAUGGUAAAUAUAUGGUAUAUAGCGUUCAUGCAUUAUGUGAGCUGGAAUAAUCCUUAACCAAUUGAGUUACAUUGCGCCCUGAUACACCCAUUUUAUUAUUUUACUCUGUCUUACGCCAGAUUAUUUUACUCUGUUUAACGCAUGACGAUUUUACUUGUCAAGGAGAGAGCAUUGGCAAUUAAUGUACAGUGGUUCCUGUAAGAAAGUGAAUUGGUAGAAUAUACAACUAUUUCAAUUAAGGUUGUCCACGAGCAAAGCGGAAAAGUCGAAUACGAGCGCGAAAGGCUUCUGGGAAUCGCUAACAAAUUAAUGAAUUUUCAAAGCGGUUCCCAGCAGCCUUUCGCGCUUGUAUUCGAUUUUUCUGCUUUGCUCGUGGACAACCUUAACUGAAAUAGCUGUAUUUUUGGAACACUUCCAUUGUUACAACUACAGAAGAGAUUUUUAGAGAAUUAUCUACCAAUAAUAUAUAUAUAUACGUCUGUGAUUAAUGUCUUUGAUAAUAUCAGAGCCGUAGCUAGACCGAUAACAGGGGGGGGGGAGUGUAUAUUCAUACUUUCGUGUUCUGCCCGUAUGGUACGGUAUGUGAACAUGAAUUUAUGAAUCUACCCCCGCCCCCCAAUUAUCGAGUAUAGCUAUGGCGCUGCGCUUUAUUGAUAUAAAUAAAUAUAUGUCUUUGGUAAUAUACGCCAGUGGAGUAAACUCGGUCAUCUCUGUCGUGUACUACUUAGAGAUUGCAUUUCACGAGGAGUGAAGAGGAAAUGGAGGACUUGUGUCGUCAGCAGUCCUUUUUGUAUGCCAAAAUGGUAUACAAUAAAUAGUAUCGUAAAGCAUAUUUUUUAUUGUUAUCAGGAACAGGAAGUCUCGCAGCACUUCCUAUUUGAAUGUUCAAUUGGGCUGCCGGCCCUAAUUUAAGCUGACCUCCCAAGUUCAAAUUCCUCCCCCUUAAAGUUGGGGUCUCUUUCACAUUUCUGAUAAAAUUCUAUUUGAUGAAUCUAACGCGUCUUCUAGUCCUAGUAAUUAGAAACGAAAUUUGAGAUUUCAUGCAAUAAUUAGAAAAUUAUUUAUAGUAAUAUUUCUGUACCAUUCUGCAUGACCUUACCUUAAUUAUAUAAUUAAAGUUACUGAAUAAUGCACGCCUCUUUGUUACUAUUGCAUUUAAUUUCUUCUUAUAAACAUUGUAUGUCUGUGUGCAUUGUUUAGGAAAGUAUGUUGAACGUCUCCGUGGUGCUGACAAGAAAAUUGAGACAUUUCCGUGUCCAACAUGUCGUUCGGAGUUCACGCUCAAAUCAAACCAAGAUGUCGCUGAACUGCCAAGCAGUUAUUUCAUCAAGAAUAUGCUAGAAAUUAUGGCAAUUCAACGAAAAGCAAAAACAUCUACCGCAUGUUCCCGCUGCCAAGAUCCUGCCAUUAAUCACUGCGCAUCAUGUGAAAUGUUUAUGUGCAAGAAAUGCUCAGAGUGGCAUGAUAGCUGGCCUGCCAACAAAAAUCAUAAUGCGCUAUCUGUACAGGAACUGAGCAAUCCUGAAAGUCAAGUGAAGAUGAGAAGAAAACUUUAUUGCGCAAAACACGAAGACAAAAUACUUGAAUAUUAUUGUGAAACAUGCAAAGAACUUUGCUGUAUAGAUUGUGUAGUGUUAAUUCAUACCAAAACAAACCACUCGUGUGUGGCAAUGCGCGAGAUCAAACAGAAACAAAGAGAAACAUUGCAAUCAAGCUGCACAACACUUGAUGAGAAAUUAGCUGAAGGAAAGAAAGCAUUAAACAACAUUUGUGAGGUGAUGAAGUCUCUUGAAAAAAAUGCUGAAACGGCUAAAGAUCAAAUCAAAGAACAAAAGGAAAAUAUCUUGAAGAUUGUGGCAGAAAAACUUGAUGAGAGAGCAAAGAAAAUGAAUGACGACGUGGACAAGGUUUAUUGUGAAUUACAGAGUGAACUGAGCAAACAACAUGAUGAAAUGAAAGAUUAUCUUGAUAAAGUCCAAGCUUCAGUGUCCUUGCCAAAAAAUCUCUUAAAGAGAGGAAGUAUCGAAGAAAUUAUCUCAUCGCAGAAAUUGAUUGAUGAGAAAAUUGAGAAGUUGACCAAUCAACAACCAGAGAAUCUGGCCGCAGUGAAUGAUGGUAGUAUUCAGUACGCACCAGACGACAUUGGUAAAAUCAGUGUUGAUGAAAUUGUUGAUAAGUUGGGACAUGUGGAAGGUAUGUGCAAUUUACGGUAUCUUACCGUCAGUACAUUAUAGAGUUUCAGAUUUGACUUCCACUACCGCUACCACUAACGGACGAUCAACUAAUCAAAUGUGUUUGAUAUAUUCGUUAAACCAAUCGGAUACGUACUAAGACAGUGAAAAGUAGUGGUAGCGGUUGUGGAAGUUAAAUCUAAACCUAUAUAUUAUCGUCAGUUCAUAAAUUAUUUAAGGAUACACAAGAAUUCGUUUUCACCAGGAAUUUUUAUUUUUUUAUGUCGAUUUUCAGUUAAUUAAAAUGUUGUUUAUUUACUCUAGUUUUAUUCCUAAUUUACGGAAACCGCUUUUUACAUUAUUUUAAAUUUAGUUGCUAUUCCAUCACAAAUAUCUGCUAUUACAUAACAGAUAUCUUGUAAAGAUCUUUUGCGGCUUACAUAAAACUCGUUGUUUACUGUAGGUGGUGUUCCUGCAAUGUACAAUCUUAUAAAAAAGUCAUCCAGUAUUUUGAAAGGAGAGAUUGCCUUCAUGAAACACCUAAAGAAAUGGUUGCGUGAGAAGUGUAAAUGGAAUCUUUGUUACAGAGCUUCCAGAGAUGGUUGGAGUUCCCAGGAUUUUCACAAACAUUGUGACAAUAAAGGGCCGACAGUGGUUUUGGUAAAAGCCAAUGAUUGUAUUUUUGGAGGAUACACUGACCAAAACUGGGAUUCAGGUAUGUAAGAAAAGAUUUAUAUAUUAAUAUUUGCAUCAUUUAUGAGAGCUAUAUAGUUCUUCAGCAGACUGCAUUUCAACCUCUUGUGGACGAAAGACCCUGGUCGGAGUUGGUCACGUAUCACGCAGAUUUUGCAGGACGAAUUGAUAUUGAUCUCAGGGAGGGGUGGUAGAGGAGUCUGUUUGUUGCGUCUGUUUACGUGUUAUAGUUUUGGGUGAUAAAAUGUAAUUUCCAACAAGAAAUCGUGAAAGAAACUGUUCUAAAUUCGUAUUUAUCAUGACCCGACUUCCUGCUAUACUGAAUGUCACCAAUAAUAAGUUUUGCGUUACAUUUCAUGCGAGAAGCUGGAUCAUAUUCCACUUGCAAGAAAAGGACUCCAGGCGCGCCUGGCUUACGAAGUUCAGCACGCUUCGCUGUACUGCCUGUAGAAACAUACAUCUCUUCAGUGGCGGAAACUAGGAGGGGCCAGGGGGGGGGGGCGAUCGCCACCCCAAUAAUUUCAGCUAGCUUUCAUGUUGAAGAAUGUAACAUGCGGGCUCACACGCUAUACCUGGCCAAUAAGGAGCUCCCGUAGCCGGAUGACAUAAAAAAAUUACACGUAUAAUGCACUUUUACCUUUAGAAUCGAUUUCUGGCAUUUCCAGAGUCAUACGAUAGAAACGUCACAUUGUUUUGACAUUUUGAAAUUGUAUUUCCGGUUGGAAUUAGCUCACAGUCGAACCAGAAAUGGAAAUACCGUGAUAAAGAUGCAAAUUGGAAGAUAUAGCUCAAAAAUGACACUCUAAAUCGUGUCUUUGAUAGUGAUUCGAACAAGACUAGCUAUUACAAAGAAGAUACGUCUGAAGGGGCUGAAGUUAUGUUCGGGGAAAGGUAUGACUAGCCUAUAUUAUUACGAUUUCGCGGAAUUAGUUGAGUGAGGAAUUAAUUGAUAUUGUUUCACUGAAUUGAAUGGUGGUAUUAUUGUCUCCAUAGCAUGCACUGAACCGAAGAUGUAAACAUACAAAUUCGUCAGCUUCUAGAAGUUGACAUGCGUGGGACUUGUCGAGAAAGAGUUAAACCACCAUAGCAUAUGAUUGAUAACAAAAUGCCCCAUUAAAUUAAUGUUUUGAAAACCUGAGAUUUCUUACAAAAUGUGCUCUCAGAAUGCUGCAAAUAGUUAUCUGAUAUCACACGAACGCCAAGACACGUCCGCGUUUCCGUGUACCAGACUCUGGUAUUGUUCUUUUAAUAUAGUAAAUUAUUUCAUAUUUCAUGUGUUACAGUAAUUUACAGCAGGUACAUUAUAAAUCUUAUAAAGACAUCUCAUUGGUAUUGCCCAUUGGGCUUUAUUUAAUAAUCCAGCUUAAAAUCCAGCUUCUUUCAACUUGUAUAAUGCGCAGGGUCGUUGUGAAGCCAUCAACAUUGGGGGGGGGGACAAAUUUUUCCCGUAAAUGUUGUUGACGGGGUGGGGAGUCAAAAAACAUUUUCGGAACUAACAUGAAAGCACAGUCUAAAAUUUUCCGGACUAACAUAAGCAGCCUAAAAAUAUUUUCUGCACUAACAUAGACAUAUUCAAAAAUUUUCUACCAAGAUAAGCAAAGCUUGCAAUUUUUUCACCACAAACAUAACAAGAGCUUUAAAAUUGUUAAAAUUGCGAACCAUUUCAUAACUUUGAGCAACUCCGACCAUGUCUUUAUCCCAAACUUUGACCACAUUUGUCCGAGUUUUACCUUCAAUUUUAAGCAAGUAUCAGUUCCAUUUUGACCAAGUUUGGGCAAAUAUCAGUUCCAUUUUGACCAACGUUUGAAUUAUUGGGGGGGGGGGGGUUACACCACCCCCUUUAGCGACGUCCCUGAUAAUGCCGCUGUGAAUCUUCAAUAUCUAUAUCAUCUUUAUCGUAUACUGUAAUCGACAUUUUAGAAGUUUCACCAAAUGAUACUGGAGGCAAACAACCUAUCUAUCAAUGGAAACUUUAAAAGGCUUAAAAAACUCAUUACAUACUUGAGUAUAUCUAUGAGCGAGACUUCGUACGCACAUACAGUUUAUGAGUUAUGUAUAUAUAUCCCUGAUAAAACGUGGGGACACUUUAUACCAGAAUAAUAAAUACUUUUGCUAAACCUUAUCGGCUAUCAUUCCUUUGCAUUUAAGGGGCGAGGGUGAAUGGCGAGAGAAUUAUAUAGGAGAUGCUGUGUAAUAUUUUGGCUUCAACAUACAGGUACUCGUGUAGACAAAAAAGGAAAUGCAUACAGUUGUAGAUUGUGACGAUUGUCGUAUAAUUGUGCACUGUCGAUCCCAAACAAUUUUGUACGUUAACACUCCUUCCUUACCUGGUGUUUAAUAUAAACGAUGAUAACUUUUUUUUUAAGAAUAUCUAGAGCGCUAUGUGUAUAAACGGUUUCAGAAUCAUUAGAGAGGUUAAGAUACCCCGGUUUCGGUGUACGGGUACGAGUAGUGUCAUCUUGUUUUACUGAUGUCUCUAAUUUAAUCAUACUUUUUCUGUUUUCUUGCAAUAGACAAUGAUAUAAUGCGAAAAAUGUGCACCUUAAUUACGAGUAAAUGUACAGACAUCGACGAAAAUAUUGCUAACCAAAAUCAUGCUACCCGUACACGUUCACCGAAACCGGGAUAUCUUAACCUCUCUAAUAGAAUGGACAUUUCACGUCUAUUUGGCUAGUGUCCAAAUGUGUAACGUUUGCUGUGAGACCCAAGGUCUACGACCUACACAGUCGCUUUUGAAACCUCUAUAGUAUUUAACAAGUAAAUAAAUGCAAGGUAUAUACCGUUUCCAAUUGACAACAAUUCAAUGGCAUACAUGUAUUAUAAGAAUAUUAUAAAUAUCUGAACCAGAGGCAGAACAGAAACGUAUGCGCGAAAUGAAACUGCGCCCGAACUCCGACAAUAAAAGAGCAAAUAUUUCAAAGCAUACGAUCAUACGUUUUCAUUGCUUGAUUUCCUGACUUGUCUGUUGCUAUAUGAAUCUGCACUUUGGCAUGUUUGUAUAAUUUAAUAGUAAACAAAAACCAAAUUUAGCAAGCAUUUUGAAGUAAUUAUGAUUCUCAAAGAUGAUCGUACUGAACAGUCACUCCUGGCAAUCGAAGUGUGAAGUGCGGAAGUGGAAACAUGUAAUAUGAGAUUUUUCCCUCACCCUCUUAAAAGCGCGUUUCUUUUGUAAAUCUAGAUUUGGAUUUUUAGGAUUCGGAUUUUUGGAUUCGUUAAACAAAUGGAACGAAUUGUGAGAAUCGGAAUUCGCCUGCUGUUUUCCCGCCAUUUUUACAAUAAGUUUUCUGUCCCACUAUACCUUUCGGUCGGGUCAAGGUAGAUGCUAGAAGGCCAGAAGCUCAAAAGGAACGUUGAAUCCUAAUCAAGUUUCAGAUUGAAUCCGAAAAAUCCAUAUGUUGAGGUGGACUCAUCAGAUUCGAAUCUAUUUAAGACUUUGUCAAAUGAAACUGAAAAUCGACAACUGAUCGGAUUUGAAAAUUCAAAUCCGGACUGCACUAAAGGAACGCUUCCUACGGCUAUCUAUUUUCUAUGGGUCACGUGACCAGCUCCGACCAGGGUCUUCUCCAUAAGAGGAAAGAGCCUGGGAACGAGGUUGACUGCAUUAAUGAUAUUUAAGACUGUGUUCGCACAAUAUCGGACGAAUACGUAAAUUCGUUCAGUUCCAUUUGUUACAUAGGAAUUCCUAGGGUUAGCUGUGUUUGAAUUUGUCCAGUUUCAUGUGUCCCAUGUGAACGCAUAAGGUGAUAGUCGUGAAAUUGUGAGUAUGGUUCAGAAUUCGUUCAGUCCCGUGUGAAGAAGGGUCGAUUGGGUUAUAAUCAUACCGAUCAUGUCCAAAAGUAAAUAUUAUAGAAUCUAUUAAAUAUUUUAUUAAAAUUUAAUCAUUAAUUUUGUUCAAUUUUAAGGUGGUAAUUAUAAACAUUCCAACUCGUCAUUUUUAUUCUCCCUACGCAACAAAGACAACCUUGCUCCAUUUAUUGCCAACAUCAAGCAAGGUCAGGAGCAGUAUGCAAUCUGUUGUUCGUCUGGUUAUGGACCAAACUUUGGUGGAGGGCAUGAUCUGCACAUUUGUGGCAAUCCUCAAGUUAGGCAAUCAUACAGCAAAUUUGGAAACACAUAUCAACUUCCGCCUGGUUAUGUCUAUAACAGUGAACAAGCAAAUAACCUUCUUGCUGGUCAGUACAAAUUCUUAACGACAGAAAUUGAAGUCUUCAACUGAAAAGUGCCUUUGUUUACUUACUUCAACAAAAAAUAACAUUACAUUGAUUACGACCGCUCUUAGCAAAGAAUUUUAGACAGUGAUAUUGCAAUACUAUCAGGGCCGUAGCGAAGAGGAUAAAGAAGGGGCGUGUAGUAUCAGAUUUGCCGACAAUAUUUCCGUCGCUAAUUAAUAUUUUUUGCCCAAAAUUGUUUGCGAGGGGGGGGGGGGGGGGGGGGGGAGAUCGCAAAAUGUUUUUCCGGACAAAAAAAAAUUCCGGACAUAUACAAUUUUUUCCGGAUGGCCAAAAACUUUUCCAGACAUACCCAACAUUUUCCACACAUCAAAAUUUGUUAACUUUUUGCGUAGUUUUAAUUUUACUUUUUGCCUAAUAGUAUUACUUUUUCAUCCGAACCACUCUAACUAAUAUUUUCGCUGCUUACGGUGUCGAUUUGCCGAUAAAACCGUUAUUUUGCCUAAAAAUCGUUUUCAGAGGGGGGUGUGUCACACCGCCCACACCCCCUGUAGCUACGGCCCCGAGUAUUAAGAAUUAGUAUGAAUAUUUUAGUCAUGCGGGAAUCCUAAAAAUUGGAAUUGGUCGUUAGCCUAAAUUAGAAUUGGUCGUUAGCCUCACCAGUAGCAGUCACUGUAGUCAAGAAAUGAAAGGCCUCGAAGAAAAUGUGAACAACUAUAAUUGUUCCAGCAGGCAGUAAUCAAUUAUAUGUUGUUAUUUUGGUUAAUAAAACUAAAAUCAACAUUUAGGUGAAUGUUCGAAAAUUGUAUUUAAUUUUGUUACAUCGCAAUGAUACAAAAACGGUGUCAUUUGGCAGCUAAAAGCCUUACUAUCUUUAUUAGUGUGCGAAAAGUAAAUCUAUAAACUUAGUAUCUAUAAUGCACGAUAACAUGCCGAAAUUGUUUUUACCUUUUUUGAUACACCUUGCACUAUACAUGUUGAAGGGUUUUAGAGAUUUCCAUCUACAAAAAACAUUCAACAUUUAAUAUAUCGACUGAGAUGCCUGAAUUCCUGGUAUUUACCCAUAUACCUUGCAUUGUCAUCACGUAGUAUGUACUGUAUACAUGAACUUGUGGUUAAAGCUCGACAAGUGUAUUCUGUAGCUCAGUUGGUUAGAGUGCUGCACCGGAAUCGCAGGGUCGCAGAUUUGAUUCCAGUCAGAGGGCCUAUAUAGUUGCAUUUUUUGCAGUUGCUCCUGGUUUGGUGUAUAAACGUAUAAAAUUUACACUCGAGAUUUCCAUUUACAACAACCCUUCAUCAUUUAGUAUCGAAUGAGGUGUCCAAAAUCCUGUAUUAUAUGUAUACCUUUUUCCUUGAUCGUGAUAUAGUCAUAAUCAAUGAUUUGUAAGCUUUUUCAGUAAUUCUUAUAUGUACAUAUUUUAUUAUAAACAUGGCUGCCGAGAGGUUCUACACUGAACGCGGGGUAAAACUUUCCAAGGGGGGCCCUAUGACGUCAUAGUUGUAAAAUGAGGGAAGCGUGUUUUACAAUAUAUCAAUAUUAUCCGACACUAACGCACCUAGGAUUUAUAUUCUCAGUUAAUCAAUCUUGUAUCGAGAAAUUUUAAAGGGCUCCGUUGCUUUGAGGGCCCCUUUUGAUUUGGGGGGCUUGGGGCAAAGUGUCCCUCACCCCUUUUGGCGGCCCUGAUUAUAAACUAUUGCUUUAAACUGAUUUAUGCUGUACAGAUCAUGUAAAUAUUUUACAAGGAAUCAAAUUUCAAAAACCAAGUGGUUUCUAAUAGGCACCUAGCCCUUUAUGUAAGAUUACUUUUAAAUUAAUCAUUCUUAUUGUUGCAAAUGACAAAAUAAAUAAUCGGA